AUGGACUUAUCAUAAAAGAAUCCUCAAAUUAGAGAAGUCAAUUCAGACAGUGCAUCCAAAGGAUAUUCUAGUAAUAAGUCUUAAUUUCAAUCUACAUUCAAAUAUCAAUAUCCAAUUGAGAGUUAGUAUUAUUCAUUAUAUUAAAAGAAAAAAAUGAACAUGAAUAAUCAAUCAAUUCUGAACAAUCUCUUUCAUCCAUCCAAGAAGUAAAUCCCAAAAAUGAUAGAUCUCAAUAUGAUGAAGAAUCUUAAAUGUUCAAUUACAACUAUGAUUAGAUCAUCAAUCAAAAUUAAAGAUUAGAAAGUCAAAAUAUUAGUCUUUAAGCUCCAAUUAAUCAACAAUAAAUCGAUCUACAAACUAUUCAAGAUUAAGAACCAAUUUAAAAGAUUUCAAGUCCAGUCAAACUACAAUAAUAAUAACUUUAGCAAUCUCGAUCAUAAUCUUAAGUAUUCUAACCUUUCCAACCCUAUUAAUAAUAAUAAAUAUCAGCCUCAAAAAGCAGAAUAGAUAGAUCAUUUGAUGGCAUCUCCGUUUUUACUAAUAUUUCUAAAUAGAGAACAACACCUAAUAGUAGAAAUAAGGCUAAUUCCUUUUACUAUGAUAGAAUAGGAAAUUAAGUCAGUGAAAUUAUGCCUCCAAUGAUUGACAACUAUUUAACUCAUGUUCUUCUUUAAACAGCAUUACCUUUAUUAAUAGUGUUCAUUCUAUAUGUCAUAAAUUAGUAUGUGUUUAGUUUAAAUAUAGUUUCUUAUAACGAGCAAUAGAUCAAUUUUGCUAUUUACCAGAGUAGUAUUGUAUUUGUAAUGGUUUUGGAGCUAAACUUUGGUCAUGGGCUAGAUAACUUAUAGUAAUUUAAUUAAAUAUCAAAUUAGAUGUGGAAAUUAGGUUUGAUAGUAUAUAGAAAACAAUUCUUAUGUAGAUUGGCUAUGGGUUCAAGUAAUUUAAAACAUAAAGAACCUGUUACAGAAUACAUUUUUUUAUUUUUGUUUACAAUUAUCUUUGAUUUCAUUUUAGUUAUCUGGAUAGAAAAUAAUUAAGAUUAUGUUUAUGUAAUAUUGUAAUAUUUAUUAAAUUUAUAAAUAGAGUUUAUUGCAUAGGGGUUGUAGUCUUAUUGAAUACUUUCAGAGUAAAAGAUUGGGAUAUAGUUUUUAAAAAAGGAGCAGGAGUAUUUUUAUAUGAUUUUGCUUUAUUAAUGUUGAUGGUGUUCAUUUAUUAUGCUGUUCCAAAUGUUGUUGAAUCACUUUAAGAUCGUUAAGGUAAAAUAUCUGGAAUGCAGAGUUUCUUAUAUCUUUAUCCCUUAUUUGAUUGGAUUAUGGAAAUGUUUAUGGAUUAUAUUUACAAUUAAACUUAAUUUGCAGAAUUAUAUAUAUACUAACUCUAAUUAAUAAUUCUUGGCAUGAAAAUAGGGUAAUAUAUUAAUAAUAUUAAUAGAAUUUUAAACAUAGUUGAUAUUUGGACAUUUGAAUUUUGGUAUAAUAUUUUAAUGCUUGGCAUAAUGAGAGCUAAUAAUUCUUCUAUGUUUCUAACAAUAUUUCUUAGAAGAUGGGUUUUCUAUUUAAUUCCUGAUUUAUAAUUCAUUACAAAAAUGAGUGAAACCAAAAAAUCUUUGAAAGUAUUAUUUUAUUUUUUAUUUGAAAAGGGAAAACAUGGUGCUUAUUUAGAACAUUAAUUUUGGAUUGUUUUCUAUUAUUUUUUCUAUUUAACCAAUUCAAGUGUUCCUUAUAUUGCUAAAAAAACAGUUUUUAUUAGUAAUUGUAAAUUUGAUAAUGAGACUUGGAAUUUAACAAGAGAGUAUUAUUAACCAAUUUUUGUUUGGGGUUUAUUACUUAUUGCUGAGAUUGCUGGGAUUAUGUUAAAUAAAUAGAAGUAUAAAAUAUUGUUUUGAUUUCUUUUUAGAAAAUAUGAUAAUAUUAAAUAUGAAGGUGGUUGUAAAUUCAAUUUGAUAGGAAAUAUAUUUAUACGAUUAUCAGGUUAUUACUUUUUUUAAAUUGCUGUAAUGAUCCCAUUCUUAUUCAAAUCAUUAAAUGAUAUUAGUUAAAUAAAUAAACAUUUAGAAACAAAAGAUACAGAAUAAUAUUGA